AUGGAUUCGAAUCUCUUUCCUCAGUUACCAGGACAGUGUUACACACCUGGGAGAGCGAUAAAAGCAACUCCGAGAUUUGAGGAGAGCGUGUGGGAACAACCUCGUCCCCUCUCUUCAGGUAUGGCUAUGCAAUAUCCUGCACCGUCAUCGCCUCCAACCACGCAGUUAUUGUUGCAAUCGCGUGUGGAUCUUAUCAUGAGUGGGAAGAGAGAGGAGAGGACGGGGGGAGCGAAAGGGUUCUUGAAUGGGCCGAUGGAGGAGGAGGAGCAGGAGGAGCAGGAGGAGAGUGAGGGGGGUAAAGAUCUGCAUAUGAGAGGUGGGGGGACGAUUUGUGAUUUGUGUGUGGGGAUUUGUGCGGGGGGCAUGAGAGGGAUGGGUAGAGAGGGGUGCAUAGAUGGAAAGGAGAAUGGUGUUUGA